AUGUCAUCAAAUACGUUGGUUGACAUUUGUUAGAUUUGAACGAAUUGAUUAUUAAGUUUGUUGUAAUUGUAAUUUAUUGAAUUUUCUGAACUGUACAGUAUAUUUUAUUACCUAUUUUAGUUGUGGAUAAGUUAUACAAACUAUUUCAUAAAUCGGUUUUGUAAAGUUAUGUAAAUAAAAACUUAUUUAUGUCAAGAUGACUUCGGAAGCCGAAGCUAUAAAAACAAAUGAAUUUCUACGACGAAGAAAGCUGAGACUUCAACAGGUUCGAGAGCAAUCUAAAGAUAUUGCUAAGAAAAUACGACAGCGCGCCAAGGUUGAAAAGUUAAGACAGGUCGUUGAUCUCGACGCAAAGAAACAGAAGGAGUAUUUCGAAUGUCAAGAGCGACUGGUGAAGCAUCUAGAGGUGCUGUAUGCGAGAGGCUUGGACAACGUCGGCGCGGGUCACCACAGUGCUUCCGAAUUAGCACAACAAGAUGAAGUAAUAAAGACAGACUUGUCUAAGGUGCGUGGUAAAGAAGCUGUAGCUGAACUAAGAAGGAAAAAACAGGAAAAAUUAGAUCAACAGAAAAAACUACUAGACAGAAAACUACAAGCAAGGGAGGUAGCUAAUGAAAUAAGUCGAGAAAAGUCAUCAACAGUAGCUCACAAAGUUUUAUCCAAACCUGCAAAUUUAAAAGUGUCCGAUGACUCCACAGAAAAACCUGCUGGUUCUUCAGAGCUUGCAAAGGAGACUAAUAAGGAUGUAGAGAAAAAUAAUAAUGAAGUAGAGUCUAUAAAGACUGCUGACAUGGCUACCCAGUGGGACAUGGAGAGCAUGCCACACGAGUGGGAGCCAGCUGUGCCAGCAUUGUCACUUCCUACCGACAAAGACACGCCUAAAGAUUCAGAUGAAUACGUGGGAGGCAAACCUGACAAGAACAGAAGGUUAGAUCUGUUCGCCCUCAGUAAGGAGAUGCCAGCAAGCUUACGAGGCCAGCAUUCCCAUGAAAGUAAAGAAAGGGAGCUAGGACGGCCUUCUCUCACAAUAGUCUCUGAAUACCUUCAGAACAGGAAGCUGCGUUUACGGGAAAAUGAGCCAACAACUGUCAGCAAAAAGUCUCUAGAAGAUAUGCAAAGCUUGAAGCAAACUAUCCAACGCACAAGAUCAUCUAAACCGGAAGGUAGUCCUUUUUCUGUUUGCCAAGUGCUUGAUGAACAAGUUAUUCCAGUGCCCACUUGGAGAGCUGAAAAAAACUAUAAAUUGUGUCCUAACCAUGUUAAUGAUAAUUCUCGUGCACACACUAGUCAGUUUAAUAAUGUAACUAAUUGUCAAUUAAACAAGAUCUUUAGUUCCACAAGACCUGUGCGCCAGGCUGAUAUACUACCUAGCCCAGUCUUGAGAGGAACCAGCCCGUUUAGAAGGACUAAAGUUGCUUCACGAAUUUUUUCAGGAAAAGUGUCCAAUGACAAAGUUAAGAAUACAUCAGAGGUUGGGUUCCACAGGAAGAGCUCUGUUAUGAUGUACAACCACUCUACCAGAGACACUCGAGACUUGCCCUAUGGAGAAGAUAAGUUGGUAAUUAGAGACCCACAGCACGAGGAGGAUGCUUAUUCCCAAGCCAUGAGGCAGGUGUCGGCCCUUGGUGUCAAGGACAAGGAUUCUCUUAAGAAAGUCCAAGACAUGAGAAGUAAAGUUGCAGUCACCAAACAAAAUGUUGAAAAGGAGUAUAAGGACACUAUAAAUUUCUUAAAUAGUUUGCCUAAAGACAAGUCUAGUAAAAGCAUUAAAAGUGCGUACAUGGAUGAGCGACGACAGCUAAUGCAAGAAGAAAGUCGCCAGCAAAAGAUGCAACAAGAAUACAAGAAAAUAGAAAAAGAAUGUAGAAAACAUAACUGUUCGAAAAACCAAUUAAAAAACCAAUCCCGGUCUCCGUCAAGACUUGAGACAGAUGAGAACUUUGAUAGCAGAGACUUCCAAUACUCUUGGAUGCCUGUGCCGGAGAGCGACGGCAACCUCGCCAUCCACGCUAUACCUAACACAGUCAGACAGGGGAAGUCUGGCAACAGUGUAAAGUUCAGCAAGGUUGACAGCUACCACGAAUACAGGUCACGCCAUAAGCACACACCGCCGACUAAAGAUAUCCAGGACAGACCUACUAAAAAAGUGGUUGAAACUGUCAUAAUAGAUAAAGCAGCCACUGAGUCUUCCGAUACCUGUUCUGUUACCUCAGAAGCAAGUUCCAUUGAGAAUCUGAAAAUUGGCCCAAAUACAAAACAUAAAAGUGCCAAAGAGAUCAAUCAGAAUCUUUCAGCUGCUGAAAGAAUUAUUAUCUACAAAGUACUAGAUUCAAAAACUGAGAAAAAAACGAAAAGACAGACCAAACUUUUAAAUGAGAUAGCUAAAUCAUUGACUUGUAUUGAAAAGGGUCAGAAGAAGCUGGCCGGCGAAGACGGAAUAGAGCCUCAAGCAAAGCAAUCGGCACAUGUGCGGUCAUAUAGCAAGAGUGCUGAUAAUGCAGUCUCAUUCGAACAUCUCAACGAAGGUGUCUACAAAAUGGUUGAAGAACAAGGGGCGUCCUACAACAUGAUGAGUUGUUGCACUACUAAUGUUGAGAUGUGGCACUCCACCACUCCUCGCAAACCCUGGUGGGACAACAUUGCCUCCAUGUACUUCAACGACCGUGAAAAGGUUGGGGAAACGCAAUCCGAGAAUGCUCACAUGCGUACUUGUCACUGCAAGCAACCACACCCCAGUGAAAAAAGUUCUGCUGCGCAUUGGGAAACUGCUGAUGGUCUUUUGACAGCAGGGACAACUACCGAGGGUAAGUGCCCCAGUGCUACCAAAAACGUGAGCAAGCCUCCUGCGCAGGCUUCCACCGCGCCGUCGACGUCUUCAUACAUUACAGCCACCAACGACAAGGGCAGCACUUCUGAAGGUGGGUUUAUUAAGUUAGUUGAUGAAAGUGGACACGAGGCAGGGAAAUUUUACAUAGGUGCUACUGGAUUCCUUAAUAAUAAUACUUACGAAGUGGUUAUACAACUUCGAAAGAAAGAUGGAACUCCACUAGAAAAAAAUAUUGACAUGAAAACAGCGAUAAAUCAUAAUAAACAAAAUGAAAACAGUAAAAACAAUGACGAAGAUAGUAACAAUGAUGUACAGAAUAACCCCAGACCAAAGUCUGGUGGGAAUAAUGUGCAAGUAAGUUCAGAUGAGGAUUUACGAGAAGUUCUAGGGUAUAGAAGUGAUACUCAUAAGCAGUCUUUUGUUAUUCCACCUCAAGAAUUGUGUGGUGAUGUGCCUGAUCAGAAUGGAAAUGUUCAAAAUGGGGCUAAUACUGGACAAGUUGAUGAUUUAGUACUUAUACAAUCUAAUUCAGUAAAUAAAGAUGUGUCCGACAAAGGGGUGCAUAUCCACAUAGCUGAAACGAAAACAUCACAGGCCCCAAAAACUGCCACAACCACAUACACUCAAACUACUCCGAGCUCGCCACUCCACAGACCCGUAUUCUUCCAUAUGAGCUCCUCCAGCUCCACUGCUUACAUGAGCCCACCAGAAAUGAUAUUACCUAAAUUCUUCCGACAAAAAUGUGGCAGCGACAUCAUUGACAGCGAAGUAUACGAUCCAAUACAAAGAAUUGAAGUGACAGCAAACGAAUACUGUGAAGAAUAUGCAGGCUGUAGUUGCAGAAAAUGUCUGCUGGCAAGAAAAGUGACACUGAGUAAAGUACCGAUAUAUCGCAGACAGAAUGAAAGUAAGAAGGAAGCAAUACCUAAUACGGGCCAUAAUGCUCUCGAUGUACGAACCGAAACGCAGGACAUUUCACGUGACAGAAAUGUACCCAGCACAGUGUCCAGCAACGUUGAGAGAACCAUCAAACCGAAAUGCUCGCAUCACAAGCGUAGACAUGCUGAAUCUAUUAAAAGACAUUGCUACAGAAAUCAAAAACAGUCUAUAGAAAGUAUUCGCUCAUCACGAAACAUGGGAUUGAAUUUGAAUUUAAAGAAUAGAUAUAAAUCUGCAAGUACAAAUCGCGACAAAAAAUCUGAUCCCAGUAUAAAUCCAAUAAUUAAAGACUACGUAAAUAAAUUACUGGCUUUAAACAGAGAAGGCCUGAAAGCAGUUGAAGUGGCAGAUCAGGAAUGCAGUUCAGUGGGUACUCCUGGCAGCUCAAUUAUUAAUGUCCCAUUUAAUGUUGAUGAGAGAAAAACCUCCUUAUUAAGUACCAUAUCGUUAGAACAAAUAAAAUCCUUACUGAAACAACAAAUCAUGGAAGAGGAACUAACAAAAAAUUACAAACAGGGCUCUUUUAUUUAUUCACUAGGUAAUAGCAAAAACAGUCUCAGAUACUCUUCCUCCCGAACAUGUCGCAAAAAACCUGUACAUAAAGUGAAAUCUUUGAAUAUAUCCAAACAAUUGCUAAAGGUAAAUAGGACUUCUGAGCGAAAGCCAAGACACUUCCAACCGCAACUAUAUGCUGUUGGAAACGUCAAAACUCGAGUGUACGGAUGUAGCACAUCUAGAAAAACACGCUGCAAAAGUUCGCCAACGCCAAGGCAGGUUUAUAGCACCGAGCCAUAUUCUAAAUGCAACGAUUCCUUAUCUACAACCAAAAAUUCCACUGCAACUGUUAACUGUCGCAGUAACAGAUCGGGAACUGCUGAUGUAGUUUCUCCUGACUUAGAGUACAAUAAUCCAGAUGUGAAGGGUCGCAGUAGCCAACAAUUACCUCUACAUAGAGCAACUGCCACCGAGUCGACGGUCGCUUCAGGGACAGUCGGUGAUUUAAAAUGUGAUGUUCCCGUAAGUAUGUCUACUCAGACGUCGCAAAAUAAAGACGUUAACACAGACAGUCAUUUUAUGAAAUUAGCAGAAGACAAAUUGCAUAACAUGGAAAAGAUCGCAGACUUAACCGAAAAGUGUACGAAACGCCUGUCAAAUCUAGCUAAAGUACUACAGGAAGUACGGAAAAAUAAAUCGCUGGUUUAUAGUCAAAUAUCAUCUGCCGAAUCAACGGACUCUCAUUCGGAUCACAAAUACGAAGAGGAAGCGUUGGCUCCAUUAGAAUCUAACGAUAUUCCGCAAAUAUUGGAAAAAUCACCUGAGCAAUUUCCUAAUGAAAAUUACAAAGUCGCAAACGAAAUACUGCAAUCAGGGUACAUUACUGUCUUGCCAGAUAUUCCCAAACCAUCAUUAGAAUUAUCCGACUCAAACAUACCGUCGCGUCCGAAGUCUGCUGACAAACUAGAUUCGCCCCUGCAUUUGUCGGCAACUACAGCAGAAAUGACGAUCAAAAGUAGACCAAAACCACCACCAGCUUUAUCUCGAGUUAGUUUUAAACAUGGUCAAGAAUACGUAAUCCCGCAUGAACUUUCCACGGUAAUUGAAGUAGAUUCUCCUAUGAGUAUGAAACUCAAAAAUCAGUCUGCACGCAACGAUCUUAAGGAUUCUUCCUUCAACUCGAACAGGUCAUCUCCUAGGGAUAAUGUGAUUGAAAAAGAGAAUGUCAAGCAGCGUAAAUCUCGAAAUGAAUCUAAUGUAAACCCUGACUUACUUCAAACAAAUUCCAUUUUUACUAACAAGUAUAAAUUGUCAUCAGAGUCGUCAGACGAAUCUAAAUUUCAAAUGAUAGAUCUAAAACAUUUUAAUGAGAUAAUGUUGGAGCCUUUUAUUAGCAUUCAAGAAUAUGCUAAACAAUACAACAUGGAACCCCCAGAUGAGGGUUCCAACCUGGAUGAGUUACAUAGAGAGGAUAUCAAUAACGAUGACAUGAGUUCUCUACAUUCUGACGGUAGUUUGCCAGACGUAAUAGCAGAACUUUUGAAACGAAAUAUCAUAACUGAACCAUUUAAGUUUGACACGGCAUCUAAUGUUAACUCUACCACUGUAUCUUCAGAGUCGACUUUGUCUAUGUUAGCUUUAUCGAAAGUACGUAGAGAUAGAAAGAGAUCUCAUGUUUUCCGCAAUAAGGAGAAUAUUGGCGAAACAUCUGAUACCAUGAGUAUGUCUUCAAAUCCAGACCUAGAAAACGCUUUUAAAAAACUGGGUAUGGGUUGGGCAUCGUCUACACUGAAGAAGACGAAGGAACGAUUAGCUUUAUCGUCAUCUUCCAAUACUUCAAGUUCUAGCUUAUCUCAAUUCAAAAUUAAAAGUUUUAAUCAGGAUGUACCAGUUCUAGUUACCGAUUCUGUUUCAUCCGUAGCUCAUGUAACUAAAGGCGUGCAGCAUAAGAAUACCCUUGACAACUCCAAAAGUGCCGAACAGCAAACCACCCUAUGUAAUUCUAUGACUGUCAAAGAAUUUUUAAGAAAUGAACUUGCCAAGAAAAUAACAUUCACAAAUAAAUCAAAUGCACAUGAUACUCAAGAAGAAUUUGUGUCCAUGUUCGAAACAAAGAUGCCCGAAGAAAUGAAAGACACAUCGCAAGUAAUUCACGACCGCUCGGCAGACAGUGCACCGAGCGGCACUAACCGGGCACGCACAUCCACCCCAGUGCAGCUAUUCAAAUCUGUGACGUACCACUCGAGCUCCAGCUCGAACGUGUCUAACGGCUUGUUCAGUAACGCUGAUGACCUGUCGUCGGUCAAAAUGACGUCAAAUUCCAUGAAAAACCAUUCCACAUCUGAUAAGGAUGACUUGACCAUUCCCAACUUCAGUCUGAGAAUGAAAAAGAGUUCUGACUGUAGUAAGAGUGAUUAAACGUAAAUUGUUGGUUUGUGAUAUGUUUAUUUAUAUGAAAAAUAAUUAUUAGUUAGAAAAAUAUUUAUGUAUUACUGUAAUGAUGUUAUUUGAACUUUAUGUGUAUCAAUUCUGGAAAUUUGUACUAAUAUAUGGGAGAAAACCAAAGUUUCCAGGAGAGCAAAAAUAAGAAAUUUUACAGUCUUAAGGACAUCAUACUUUAUUUUAAAUAUGCACCAAACAGCAAGAAAUUCUGAGGCCAGCAAUAUGUAACUACUCAUUAUAGUCUCUUACGUUAAUACAAAUUUCCAGUAUCAAUAUUUUCAAUAAAUCAAUGAGUUAAAUUUAA